AAAAGACAGUGACAUAUGAACCAGAAUUUGGCAUUACAAGAAGACAACUUCAUCGAUGUCAAUUCCAACACACACACACCAUAAGCCAUUAGAUAAUUUCUUGAAUUUCUUCAUCCAUCCAUCUAUCCAUUCAUCUUGAAUCUGUGUAUAGAUCGAUCAGUUAGCUUUUCCCUUUUAAAAUGAAGCAGCUCCAAGAUUCUGAGGUUCCUAAAAGGGAUUCAAAACUUGUUGUCCAGAUCAUUGCCCUAAUCUUUGUUCUUACAGUAAUCCCUCUCUACUUCCCCUCCACCCACAAGAAACUGCUCCUCGCUUUUAACAUCAUCGCACCUUCCUCCAAAUGCGACUUAUUCGCCGGCGAAUGGGUGCCCAAUCCAGAAGCCCCCUAUUACACCAAUUUCACCUGCCACGUCAUCCAGGAGCAGCAGAAUUGCAUGAAAUUCGGGCGACCUGACACCGAUUUCCAGAAAUGGAGAUGGAAGCCCGACGCCUGUGACCUCCCCAUCUUCGAUCCUUACGACUUUCUCGAUAUCAUGUCUGGAAAAUCCAUGGCUUUUGUUGGAGAUUCAGUCGCCAGAAACCAUAUGCAGUCCCUAAUCUGUCUACUUUCCAGGGUCGUUCACCCAGUGAAUAUCACAAGACAGACUGACGACUACAACCGCUACUACGUUUAUCCGGACUACAAUUUCAGCGUAUCCUUCUUCUCGUCGCAGUACCUCGUACGCGCCGAACGGACGGAUCCCGGCGACAUAUCUCGGCCGUUCAAUCUAUUCCUUGAUGAAUUCGACGAGUCGUGGACGGCUGGGAUUGCGUCCUUCGACUACGUCGUCAUCUCCGCCGGCGCGUGGUUCUUCCGCCCCACCUAUUUCUACCUCAACAAAACCCUCGCCGGCUGCCUCUACUGCCCGGAGCCGAACGUCACCCACCGGCCGCUGUAUUUCAGCUACCGGUGGGCUUUCAGGACGGCGUUCCGGGCAAUUCGCGCCGCCGGGGGUUUCGAAGGGACGGUGUUCCUGCGUACGUUUUCGCCGACGCACUUCGAGGGCGGCGCGUGGGACAACGGCGGCGACUGCGUGAGGACGAGGCCGUUCAGGAGGAACGAGACGGCUCUGGAGUAUUACACUUUGAAAAUGUACAAUAUACAGGUGGAGGAGAUGAAGACUGCGCAGGAUGCCGGAAAAUCAGCCGGAGGAAUAUUCCGGCUGCUGGACGCCACCAGACCGAUGCUACUCCGGCCGGAUGGGCAUCCCGGUAAAUAUGGGCGGUGGGCGGUGGUAAAUCAGACAUUUUCCAAUGACUGCGUACAUUGGUGUUUGCCGGGCCCAAUUGAUGCCUGGAAUGAUUUUUUGCUACAUCUGCUUAAAGAAAAUUAAUACAAUUAAAUAAUUAUAUACAUUCAUGAAGCCGUUUUGUUAUUACUUAUUUACAUGUAAAGAUAAUUGAAUUGAUUCUUGUAAAAAAAAAAAGAAAAAAUCAUAAUACCAGUCAUGAAAUUAUUAUUAUUAUUAUUAUUACAAUUAU